CCGACGCGGCAUUUCGUCGAACGAGCGGCGGGCACCGCCCACCCAAACCCCGUCACCCCCGCCUCCACCGACCCCAAAACCCUACGCUCCCCGCCGCGCCAACGCCAUGCUCCACUGCAGCCUCUCCAAGUCCCAGCCCUUCCCGCUCCUGGCGGCGGCGUCCUCGCCUCGCCGCACCCUCCUCGCUGGCCUCCUCCGCGCCAGCUACCUCUCCAAGUCCCCGGCCGCCUCACCCGCGCCUCAUCCGACCACCACCACCACCACCACCCGUGCGAGCACCAGGGCCGCGACUUGCCCCGGCGACCCCUCGCGCUUCCGCCUGGGAGGCAGGGUUUCGUUCUCUACUGCACCAGAUGAGUCUGCUUCGGCCGGCGGCGGGAGGGCGCUUCCUUGGCUUGCCGCGGAGAAUGGCAGUAGCCGCGCACCCGCUGCGAGGACUAGCGCCGGCCGCUCCUCCUCCUGGGAGACCUCCGCGGAGAAGUUCUUCUCUAGGGACGACCAAUACACGCGAAUGUCGGACGACAGGGUGUCGAACAAGGUGGCAAUUAGGGAGGAGGGGGACGAGAAUGAGCCAAUUGACAAUCCCAGAUGGGGCAGGAUUAAGGACAGGUACCGGCGAACCGUGGGGAGGGAUGGAGGGUCCCGUGGUGAAAGGUUUAGAAGGGAGAGGUUUGAUAAGCCGGAUAUGAAGCAGUGGAAUAAGCAGGAGAAUUGGGGGAGGAAGACGUGGAAAGAGGCAGGGGAACCGACGGUGCUGAAGAUGGUGGGGCAAGGGGUUUAUGGAGUUGGGCCGGUCCUUGCUGCGCUCAUGGCUGGGAGGAGGGAGUUUUAUGCAUUGUAUAUGCAGGAAGGUAUGGAUUUGAGCGGGAGCAACAAGAAGAAGAAGGACAAGAAGGCAGUUGAGAAAGUGCUGCGGAUGGCAGAGAAGAUCGGGCUUAAGGUUGUGGAGGCGUCAAAGCAUGACCUUAACAUUGUGGUGGAUAACCGGCCACACCAAGGCCUAGUGCUUGAUGCAUCGCCCUUGGAAAUGGUGAAUACUAAGGAGUUAGAGCCAGUUAGGGUGGAUGGUGGGAAGGCACCAGUCUGGCUAGCCUUGGAUGAGGUUAUGGAUCCUCAGAAUCUAGGAGCCAUAAUUAGAUCUGCCUACUACUUUGGUGCUGAGGGGGUUGUGUUGUGUUCUAAGAACUCUGCUCCACUAAGUGGAGUAGUGAGCAAAGCUAGUGCAGGCUCACUUGAGUUGAUUGAGCUGCUUUCCUGCAGAAACAUGAUGCAGUUCCUGUCUUCAUCAGCUGAAAAUGGGUGGCGAGUUCUUGGUGCUACAAUUGCUCGCAAAGCUGUUCCUCUCUCUGAAGUGGCAACAGGGGUGCCAACUAUUCUUGUGUUGGGAAGUGAAGGCACCGGUUUGAGACCCCUGGUUGAGCGAUCCUGCACACAUCUGGUCAAGAUUCCUGGAAAUGUUGAUGAAUCUGUCAUAGGAGCAGAUGCAGACACAGAUGCAGGGGAAGAAGGUAAUAAUUAUUAUGGUAAUCAAGAUUUGAAAUCGUUCCUUGCAGUGGAGAGUUUGAAUGUAAGCGUUGCAGCAGGAGUUUUGCUUUAUCACCUGGCUGGAAGAGAUGCAUGUCCCGUAAGUGAUAAUCCUAGUGUCGCUCUUAUGUAAGGACAUUUUGUGAUCGAUGCAUAUCUUAGCUAUUAAGAUUGCUCAAUUUAGUACUUCUGCUAAGGACUACUUUGGUUUCUCUCGCAUGCUUUGAUUCUUCUGGUUGAAAAAAUAACUUCUUUGAUA